GCUCCUUAAAUCUAUUUCUUUUCUUGUUAUUGUUCAUCCAGUGCUGAGUUUCGCUACAAGAUAUACUUGGCACAACAAAGAAAAGAGUAGUAGAUACACAGAGAAGGCAAGUGAUGGCUUUGCGUGAAAUACUUUUGCAACAACUACUGCUACUAGGGGCCAUAAUUUUAGCAGCAUCAGAACCCUAUUCAAUCUGCAACAGAGCAUGUGGAUCGCUUCAUAUUCCGUAUCCAUUUGGAACAAGCGAGGGCUGUUAUCUCAAUUCAUCUUUUCUCAUCACUUGUAAGGACUCAACGCCAUUUCUGGGCCUCAGUAAUGAAUUAAAGGUCCUAGACGUAUCAUUAAUGGAGGGUGAAAUUCGAGUCUCAAGCCUCAUAGCCCGUGAUUGCCCCAACGAGCCCGGGUAUAACGCCAACAACAGCUAUUACGAGUUCCCUUUGUUUAAGUACUUUCUCAUCUCAUAUACGAAGAACAAGUUCUUUGCAGUCGGUUGCGACACUUUUGCGGUUAUUGCUGGGACAUCGGCAGACGCCGAGAGUUACACGGCUGGAUGCUUGUCUCUCUGUGACAGUAUUGACAGUGUUGUUAACGGGUCUUGCGAGGGAAUUGGCUGUUGCCAGACUUCUCUGCAAAAAGAAAUGAGUAGUUUUCUUUGGACUGCUGGGAGCUUGCUCAAUGACUCCGCAGUAGGCAAGUUCAGUCCAUGUAGUUUCAGUUUUGUAGCGGAAGAAAAAGCAUACAACUUUUCCUCCUCAGAUCUUGUAAAUAUACACAACAAACAGACUGUUCCUGUGGUUCUUGAUUGGGCAGUUGGGAAUGAGACAUGCGGAGAUGCUAAGAAAAAUUCGACAACCUAUGCAUGUAAGGGAGCGAAUAGCGAAUGUUUCAAUUCCACCAACGGUCCUGGUUAUCUUUGCAAAUGCCCCUCAGGUUAUGAAGGGAACCCAUACGACUUCUUUGAUGGUUGCAAAGAUAUUAAUGAGUGCGAAGAAAAUCCAAACCCCUGCAACAAGACAUGCGAAAACAUUAAUAUUACGGGGAGUUUCUGCAACAAGAUAUGCGUAAACAUUGCGGGGAGUUUCAAAUGUAGUUGUCCCAAGGGGUACGAAGGUGAUGGGAGGACAAAUGGGACAGCGUGCCGUCCUAUAGUCAGCCAAUUUAGGAGGAUCGCUAUUGAACUGGGAAUUGGCAUAAGCCUCUCAAUAUUGCUCGUUGGAGGUUCUUGGAUAUAUUGGGGACUGAAAAGAAGAAAUCUCAUCAAGCUCAAGGAGAAACUAUUCCAACAAAAUGGUGGCUUAAUGUUACAACAACUACUCUCGAAUUACACAGGCUCUGUAGAGCGAGCAAAAAUUUUUAGCACAGAAGAGCUUAAAAGAGCGACUAACAACUACGAUGAGAGUAGGAUUCUUGGCCAAGGUGGCAAUGGAACUGUUUACAAAGGAGUAUUACCAGAUAACAAAGUGGUUGCCAUUAAGAAGUCCAAAGGUUUUGAUCAAAGCCAAACCAAGCAAUUCAUAAAUGAGGUGCUUUUACUAACCCAAAUCAAUCAUAGGAAUGUAGUUAAGCUAUUAGGGUGUUGUCUUGAAACAGAAGUGCCCUUAUUAGUUUAUGAAUUCAUCACAAACGGGACCCUCUUUUACCACAUUCAUGAUAAAAGUCACUCAUCCCAACUCUCGUGGGAAAAUCGUCUCAAGAUAGCAGUAGAAACUGCUAGAGCGCUUGCAUACUUACACUCUGAAGCAUCUAUGCCAAUUAUUCACAGAGAUGUAAAAACAGCAAAUAUACUUUUAGAUGAUAAUCUCACUGCAAAAGUAGCUGAUUUUGGAGCUUCAAGGCAAAUUUCUCUUGAUCAAGCACAAGUAACCACUUUGGUGCAGGGCACUUUCGGGUACUUGGACCCAGAAUAUUUUCAUACUGGCCAACUAACAGAAAAAAGUGAUGUCUAUAGCUUUGGUGUUGUUUUGGCAGAGCUAUUGACAGGUAAGAAGGUAGUUUUCUCCGAUGGGACAAGAAGGGACAUAAAUCUUUCUAUGUCAUUUGUUUCUACAGUGAAAGAGGAUCGUGUACUGCAAAUUCUUGACAAUCAAAUUAUAAAUGAGGGUAAUAUUGAAGAACUAAAGGAAGUGGCUAAUCUUGUAAAAAGGUGCUUAAGUGUAAGCGGGGAGGAUAGGCCCUCUAUGAAGGAAGUGGCAAUGGAGCUGGAGGGUUUGAGAAUUAUGAGAAAGAAUCCACCAGGAAAGGCUAAUCUCUAUACAGAAGAGACUGAGUACUUGCUCUUUGAACCUGCACACUCUUUUAGCAUUGAUUCUAGCACUGACUGUUCUUCUAUCUACACAACUGCUGGGUACGAUAGCAUAGGAAACCAUCUAUUGAAACCACCGGAUGGCGGCAGAUAGUUUAGCUAGUCCACUUAAUGCUGCCUUAGACACGAGAUCAUUGAGUCCCGAUUAAUUUAGUCUUAUAAUGUUAUUUAGAUGUUAUUAGUUAACUGGAUUUCUAGUAUUUAGUUUUAUGUUGUAUUUAAUUUUUAAGAGAAAAUGUGUUAUUUUGUAAUUCAAUAACGGGCUUGGUCCAAAGUUAAUCAAUAUUUUUUUUUCCCUU